AAGGCGGGCUCCGGGGCGCCUGGGCAGACCGCGAGAGAGAGCGCCCCUGAGCAGCGUCCGCGCCCUCCGCGUCUUCUCCGCCCGGACCUCGAGCGAAAGACGCCCGCCCGCCGCCCAGCCCUCGCCUCCCUGCCCACCCGGUCCACCGCGCCGCCACCCCGACCCCGCUGCGCACGGCCUGGCCGCUGCGCACCAGCUUGUUGGCGUCUUCCUUGCCGCGCUCGCCCCGGGCUACUCCUGCGCGCCACAAUGAGCUCCCGCAUCGCCAGGGCGCUCGCCUUAGCCGUCACCCUUCUCCACCUGAUCAGACUGUCGCUCUCCACCUGCCCCGCCGCCUGCCACUGCCCCCUGGAGGCGCCCAAGUGCGCGCCGGGAGUUGGGCUGGUCCGGGACGGCUGCGGCUGCUGUAAGGUCUGCGCCAAGCAGCUCAACGAGGACUGCAGCAAAACGCAGCCUUGCGACCACACCAAGGGGCUGGAAUGCAACUUCGGCGCCAGCUCCACCGCUCUGAAGGGGAUCUGCAGAGCUCAGUCAGAGGGCAGACCCUGUGAAUAUAACUCCAGAAUCUACCAAAACGGGGAAAGUUUCCAGCCCAACUGUAAACAUCAGUGCACAUGUAUUGAUGGCGCCGUGGGCUGCAUUCCUCUGUGUCCCCAAGAACUGUCUCUCCCCAACUUGGGCUGUCCCAACCCCCGGCUGGUCAAAGUUACCGGGCAGUGCUGCGAGGAGUGGGUCUGUGACGAGGAUAGUGUCAAGGACCCCAUGGACGACCAGGAGGGCCUCCUUGGCAAGGAGCUGGGAUUCGAUGCCUCGGAGGUGGAGUUGACGAGAAACAAUGAAUUGAUUGCAGUUGGAAAAGGCAGCUCACUGAAGCGGCUCCCUGUUUUUGGAAUGGAGCCUCGCAUCCUAUACAACCCUUUACAUGGCCAGAAAUGUAUUGUUCAAACAACUUCAUGGUCCCAGUGCUCAAAGACCUGUGGAACUGGUAUCUCCACACGAGUUACCAAUGACAACCCCGAGUGCCGCCUUGUGAAAGAAACUCGGAUUUGUGAGGUGCGGCCUUGUGGACAGCCAGUGUACAGCAGCCUGAAAAAGGGCAAGAAAUGCAGCAAGACCAAGAAAUCCCCCGAACCAGUUAGGUUUACUUACGCUGGAUGUUCGAGUGUGAAGAAAUACCGGCCGAAGUACUGCGGUUCCUGCGUGGACGGCCGAUGCUGCACGCCCCAGCUGACAAGGACUGUGAAGAUGCGGUUCCGCUGCGAAGAUGGGGAGACAUUUUCCAAGAACGUCAUGAUGAUCCAGUCCUGCAAAUGCAACUACAACUGCCCACAUGCCAAUGAAGCAGCAUUUCCCUUCUACAGGCUGUUCAAUGAUAUUCACAAAUUUAGGGACUAAAUGCUACCUGGGUUUCCAGGGCACACCUAGACAAACAAGGGAGAAGAGUGUCAGAAUCAGAAUCAUGGAGAAAAUGGGUGGGGGCGGUGUGGGUGAUGGGACUCAUUGUAGAAGGGAUUCCUUGCUCAUUCUUGAGGAGCAUUAAGGUAUUUCAAAACUGCCAAGGGUGCUGGUGCAGAUGGACACUAAUGCAGCCACGAUUGGAGAAUACUUUGCUUCAUAGUAUUGGAGCACAUGUUACUGCUUCAUUUUGGAGCUUGUGGUGUUGAUGACUUUCUGUUUUCUGUUUGUAAAUUAUUUGCUAAGCAUAUUUUCUCUAGGCUUUUUUCCUUUUGGGGUUCUACAGUCGUAAAAGGGAUAAUAAGAUUAGUUGGACAGUAUAAAGCUUUUAUUCGUCCUUUGACAAAAGUAAAUGGGAGGGCAUUCCAUCCCUUCCUGAAGGGGGACACUCCAUGAGUGUCUGUGAGAGGCAGCUAUCUGCACUCUAAACUGCAAACAGAAAUCAGGUGUUUUAAGACUGAAUGUUUUUAUUUAUCAAAAUGUAGCUUUUGGGAGGGAGGGGAAAUGUAAUACUGGAAUAAUUUGUAAAUGAUUUUAAUUUUAUAUUCAGUGAAAAGAUUUUAUUUAUGAAAUUAACCAUUUAAUAAAGAAAUAUUUACCUAAUA